AUGAACCAGAUGGCCAUGCAGCAGCAGGCCAUGAUGCAGCAGCAGAUGAUGAUGGGCGGCAUGGGCCAGAUGCCGAUGAUGAUGGUGGCCGUGCCCCCAGAGAUGCAGGCCCAGAUGGAGCAGGUGAACAAGCUCAUGCAGACCGACCCGCAGAGCGCGAUGCAGCAGAUGCAGGGGAUGAUGGGCGGGAUGGGCGGAUGCGCGCCGGCUGGGGGGGUGCAGAAGAGCGAGGCCGCGGCGACGACGGCGAUCCCGCCGGGCUCCAAGUUCGCCAAGUACGAGAAGCUGGUGAAGCGGAAGCAGAAGGACAACGCCAACGUGGUCUUCGUCGGGGGCCUCCGCAAGACGACCGAGGAGGACCGCGUGUGCGCCCACUUUGCCAAGUUCGGCCAGGUCGAGCAUGUGGACAUCAAGCGGCAGCCGGACGGGACCUCCCGAGGCUUCGCGUUCAUCAAGUUCGCGGACGUGGACGCCGUCGACAAGGUGAUAGAGGCCCACGCCAAGCACAUGAUCGACAACAAGUGGGUGGAGGUGAAGAGGCACGAUGGCAUGGCCGCGUGUGCAGGCAUGGCCUCCUCCCUGCAGAAGAAGGAGGAGGAGGAGGAGCCUCAGGACCAGGAGGCCCUCGGGGAGAAGUGGUCGGAGCAGUACCUCGCGAUGUCCGCGAAGCUCGCAGAGCAGUACAGUGCCCAGCAGGCCGAGCUCGGCGACAUGCUGGGGGGCAUGGAUCCCAUCCAGAUGAUGAAGAUGAUGGGCAUGGAUCCGUCCCACGUGGCGAAGAUGAUGGGCAUCGACCCCAGCGAGAUGUCGAGGCUAGUUUCCAACCUGCUGAACGACCCGAGCAUGCUGAUGAUGGGUGGGAUGAUGCUGAUGAACCCGAUGAUGAUGUGUCUGGAUCCGCCCACGACGAUGAACAUGUUCGGCGUGGACCCGAACAAACUGAUGGGCAUGGACCAGGGCUCGAUGAACAAGAUGAUGGGGGGCAUGAUGGGCAUGGACCAGGCUUCUCCAUCUUCUUCCCCUUCCUCAUGCUUCCUCCUUAUUCCCCUCCGUAUUCCCUUCCUUCUCCCCUUUCCUUCCCACUCCCUUUCCCACUCACUCCCCUCCUCCCUCCCACUGUUGUCCGUCCUCCUCCGCCUUCUCCUCCUCCUCCUCUUCCUCCUCUUCCUUCUUUGCCUCCGUUCUUUCCUUUUGAUGCCCUGCGCUUCUUCUGCUGCUCCCCCAGCUGAUGCUGCUUGUGCUCUUGCAGCUCCUCCUCCUUACCAGAUGGGCAAGAUGGGCGGUGGCAUGGGCUGCAUGGGUGGCAUGGGCGGCACGGACGGCGUGGCGGAGCCCCCCGCGGCCAUCGCCGACAAGCCCCGCAGCAAGGCCGAGAACAGGCCCGCGCCGACGGAGGAGGAGAAGGAGGAGGAGGAGGAGGAGAAGGAGGAGGAGGAGGAGGAGAAGGAAAAGGGGAGGAGGAUGAGGAGGAGGAGGAGGAGGAGGAGGAGGAGGAUGGAGGUGUACGAUUGGGGGGGCGAGGGGUGGGGAGGGGAUGGGAGAGACAGGGCAGAUCGAGGUCUGCGAUGUUUGGCUGUCUGGUGCCCUGUGCGGGUCUCGGGGGACCUCUGGCAGGGAAGGAGGGGGAUGACGAGCAGGAGCAGCACAUAG